GUUUAUCAUCUUCGUUUCUCAGUCGUUUUGGCCGGCACCAUCAGGAUGUUUCCAACCCCUCUCAUGAGGUGAACCUGUCUUGUCACCGCGCCCCUAGCAGAUAAGCAUCAAUCUGUACCUAACUAGAAACCCCUUCUGGCACACAUUGCAACUGCCCAUACGUGGGCUCUCCAUCGGAAACCAUCAACAACCAGCCUGCGCAACCCGCUCCGUCAGCAGAACGACAGGCAGCUAUCACCAACUACUUUACUGAUCGAUUCAUGUGAAGAAAAACAUUGGAUAUGGCGACACCCGACGCGACAGGCAGCGUAAGGAAGAAACUUACGACGUACGGAAAGACCUCUCGGAAGUCCUCAAAGCCUGUAUUUUCCCUGAGCGCAUCGUCUGACCGUACACAAGUUGUUGCGGUACCUCUGGAAGAAGUACCUCAACGGUCCACUACAACAGCUGUGGCGAGAGAGGCUACCAAAGACAACGACAAGGCUGCAAGACCAUUGAGAGGCAGCCAAAGAGCGGAUGCAUCACUGUCAUCCAUAACACAGCACGAUGCGUCCCAAAAGCUGCCUGGUGCAGCUGUGAAACCAGGGAAUAAAAAGAGAGCUUCACCAGACACUUACGGAGUACUCACCCAAGCGCCAACAUCUAAUGCGACACGACGAUCACCAGGCGUCCCGAUGAAGGAUCCUCCAGCAUCUGAACGCCUACUCCAAGCCGAACGAACACAGGCGGCUUCCAUCAACAGGAAGGUUCGUCUCAUCGACCGAUUAGUCGCGCAAGCUAUCGACAGUGCCGAACUCGAUUCUGAACAGGCCAAUCAACCGUCCGAUAGUUUGGAGGGGUAUACCGGGCAGGCAUUGGUGGCAAGCGAAAGCAACAGCACGACACCAAGAAAAAGCCAGGAUGAUGUUCCAAGACUAGGAGCGCAACGAGCGACACCCGACUCGAGGAAACGCAAGGCUAGGGUUACGUAUGGACAGCAGCGGACCAUGCGCACCGCAGUCGAUGUGAUGCAAGAAGGAGCUGGAACUGCGAAUCGUCCUCACGAGGGGAGCUAUGACCGCAAUUCCCCACCUCCCGCAAAAUUCGCCAAGAUGGACCCGUUCUCACUAUACGACGACCCAUCGGACGACGAUGUACGACCAAGCAAGAACGGUAUUCUCAGCCUUCAUGCACUGAGACAGGCUGGCGCAAACCAUCGUUUUGCAGAUGAGUUGAGUGACUUGGCGGAAAGGAUAGGAUCUCCUAAGUCGCUGCAACCCGCAUCGACACGCUCGAGGAGAACUGCAAUUUUAGAGCUCGGCGCAAAACUCCAGGACGACAAAUUCGUUGGCCGCUUGUGUGAUUAUGGCCCAAAAGAGACAUUCUUCCAAGAUCUUGAAGCAGAGGAGGACAUCAUCAAUGCGUUCGUUAUAUUGUCCUCUGCUCUUAUCCUCAUGGCAUCGUUAUCAGCACCUCAUCUCAUCGACCAUCUGUUAUCGAGUGGUGUGACUCGAAUACUGUCCACGAUGUUGGCCUUGGACGAUGACAUCAUGGAGAUUGCGAGACAAAAGGCAGCCAAUCUUUCGAAACGCGGUCUUGCUUCCAUGGGAAUGUUGCGCGGUACGAUAUUGCAGCUUGGGGUAUGGGACGGCUCCCCCCCUGCUGUUCUGUCCCCCAAAACUCUGGCUCUUAAAGUUCUGUGCUUCUGCCACAAGUCAUCUGAUGCAGAGGCUCGACUGCACUUAGUUGAGCCUGUAGUCCCUCGCCUAUUUGCCCUGAUCAGCAAGAAUGAUGGCGACUUGUCUCUGGCUACAGUGGACGACCGCAUACAGGUUAACAUGGCUCUUCUGCUACUACAAGAGCACUCCGUCGUAGCUAUGGAGUCAAAGAUGAGCCAACGAUGGACCACAGAAUACCUUCCCACCGUAGCCCUCUUCUUAUCUGGUCUGCUUACAUCACCGGGGGACGACUUCCGAGAGUCGAGGUAUCUGACUCUCAAGCUUGCCAUGAACACAACCAAUAACAACCCAAUAUCGGCCUCCAUUUUCGGACAGGGUCGCUUGAUACGCCAAUUAGCGACUGCGAGCCUCUCGCGCUUCCACAAGCUACACGCAAUCGUCGGCCGUGGGGAGUUUCCGACAGAUGUUCACAGAACGCUCGUAUUGCUGCUAGGGCUGCUAAUCAAUAUUGCUGAGCACUGCCCUGAGAGUCGGCAGUCUCUGGCUGCCGAGAUAGACCUCCGGCCCUCAUCACUGGAUGGGCUCGUAACGGUCUGGUUGGAAAACCGCGAGUUAUGUGGGAAGGCCGAAACCGUUGAGCAGACCUCUCUUGCUGUAGCCUAUGGCUAUCUCGCUAUUCUGUUAGGAUAUCUGUGUCUAGAGGCUCGUGUGCGCCAACGCCUGACAAGCCAGAGCAACAAGAAAGGAUUGAGCUACCUGCUGGACUCGGUACAAGAAUUCAUGACCCUUCACGCAAGAGCGGCUGGUGAUGAUCUCGCCGCUACCUUACAACCCCUUGUCAAUGAAUUACGACUCAUGAUGAAGAGAAGUUGAGUUAAGGGUGUCUCUCGUCUCUUGCACCACAACCGCGCAUCACUGUAUUGCCCAUCUUUGCGCCACAUAUACAGUUUACUUAUACACAUGAGUUCAGCAAGUCAGCUGUCGAGGGGUCGGUGUGGAGGAUAUGGGUUAUUGGACAAUAAAGUUGCAGGAUGAGAGACACAUGUAGCGCUUUCGUUGAUA